AUGGCAAGGCAACCGCCCGAGCUGAACUCACAACAGGAGAGCUUCAUGGACCCAGCUGAUGGCACUCUGUGCAUCGUUACAUCAUUCUGCGCCGGUGGCGACCUCGCCGCCGAAAUCCGGCGGCGUGCUGCUAAUGCAGUGCGUGGGCGCCACCAGGGGCACUUAGACGGCAGCAGCCACAACGCCGCUUCUGGUGGGGAUGGUGCAGCGGCCCAUGGUGGUGGCAGCGCAGCGCCGCCGCCCACAUAUUUUCAAGAGAGUGAGGUCAUGGACCUUUUCUUGCAGGUGGCAGGAGCACUGCAGUACAUCCACAGCCGCCGCAUCCUCCACCGGGACCUCAAGACUCAAAACAUCCUGCUGGCUGAGGAGGGCGCCGUCAUGCUGGCGGACUUUGGCAUCAGCAAGGUGCUGCAGCAGGCGGAAAGCUACGCCACAACCAUGGUGGGCACGCCCCUGGUGAUGGCGCCAGAGGUGUGCACCAGCCGCCCCUACACCUUCAAGAGCGACAUCUGGUCCCUGGGCUGCGUGCUGUAUGAGAUGGCAACGCUCAAGAGCGCCUUCUCAGCGGACUGCUUUCUUUCGCUGGUGAGGCGCCCUGUCGCGCCGCAGGAGUAA